GCUUAAAAACGCGCCAGAAUUUAUAGGAACAAAUGUUUUGUUUUGUUUUUUUUUAAUGAAAUAAAUCGAAUACCGGUCAACUGAAAUGUCAGAGAAGGAAGAGGAUGUAGAGCUGCCAGCACCCACCACAGCUGUAUCCGGCCAGAUAAAGGCCAUUGCCAAGGACACUGUGCAUAAAAUCUGCUCCGGCCAGGUGGUGCUCAGCUUGGCUGUGGCUGUCAAGGAGCUGGUGGAGAACUCCAUCGAUGCAGGGGCCACGCUGGUGGAGAUUAAGUUGAAGGAUCAGGGACUGCAAGGCGUCGAGGUCAGUGACAAUGGCAGCGGCGUGGUGGAGGCCAACCUGGAGGGAAUGACUGCCAAGUAUCACACCUCGAAAAUAAGGGAAUUCGUUGACCUGCUGGGCGUGGAGACGUUCGGGUUCCGUGGCGAGGCACUCAGCUCCCUCUGCGCCCUGUCCGACAUGGCCGUUCAGACGCGUCACCAGUCCAGCGAUGUGGGUCUCAAAGUGGAACUUGACCACGAGGGCAAGAUCAAGAAGCGUUCGCCCUGUGCCCGCGCUGUGGGCACCACCGUCAGCCUCUCCAACCUAUUCAGCACCCUGCCAGUGCGUCGGCGCGACUUUACGCGCAACAUCAAGAAGGAGUUCGCCAAGAUGUGCCAGAUCCUGCAGGCCUACUGCCUGGUGACCAAAGGCGUGCGCAUUAUAUGCAGCAAUCAGACGCCCAAGGGAGCCAAGACGGUGGUCCUGCAGACACACGGUGCCCAGGAUGUGCUGGCGAACGUAUCCGCGGUGUUCGGGGCCCGCCAGGUGGCCGACAUUGUGCCCCUAAAGUCGCCCUUCGAAAAGGGCCAGCUGAGCGAGGCCGGACUGCGGGCUGAGCUGGAGUCCUCCGCGGAUGCAGCUGACACGACUUGCACACAGUUCAGCGCCGAGGAUGUGGAGCGGCUGAACCAGGCCGAUUUCCGGCUGGAGGGCUACAUAUCCAGCUGUCGCCAUGGGGCAGGCCGCUCCAGCAGGGAUCGCCAGUUCUUCUUCGUCAACGCCAGGCCCUGCGAUCCCAAGAAUAUUGCCAAAGUCAUCAACGACACCUACCAUCGGUACAACGUCCAGCAGCAGCCUUUCGUCUACCUCAACAUUGUCACGGCCCGGUCCGACGUGGACGUCAACCUCACGCCCGACAAGCGCCAACUGCUGCUGAACAACGAGAGGAUCCUGCUGCUGGCCCUGAAGAAGUCUCUGCUGGAGACCUUUGGGCAGACCCCAUCCACAUUCCAAAUGCAAAACACAACCAUUGUGAGCAUGCUGGAGACAAGGCCGAAGCAGACCCAGGCCCAGCCCCAGCCCCAGCCGCAGCCCGAGGAUGCCAGCAAGGCUAGCGAGGAGGAUGAAGAGAAAGAGGUGCCCAUCAGCUCCUCUCAGCGUUUCAUGGACGUGCUCACGCAGUGGCGACGCACGGGAGACACCCAAGGCACUGCUCCGACCGCUUCGGUCAAGCGGCGGUGCGGGGAAAGCGAGCAGUUGGCCGCUCGCUCCAUGAAAAUGCAAAAGAUCCAGGAUUUCCUCAGCCAAGAGCCGCCCCAACAGCCGAGUCUAAAAUGCGAUUCAGUGUCGGAGGAGGAUCUUGUCGCUGAGCCAACCAAGCCGGAAAAUCUGAAUGAGAGUUUUUUGAACCUCAAGGAACUGGAGACGGAGUCAAAGGCCUACGAUCUGUUGACGCAGCCAGCCAAGGCAGUCCGCAUUGACUGCAAGAAUUUGACGCCAAUGAAGACGCGGCUUAGCGUUUUAGAGUCAAUGCCUCUCUGCGGGCCAGAGCCAGCCGGUAGCUCCCAGGAAACUGUCAGCGCCACGGAUCAGAGUGAUGAUGACGAUCAUAUCGAGCUGCCCACGCGCAUUGAGUUCGAUGGCAACGACGAUGACGGCGCGGGGGAGCCGCCAGCCAACUACAAGAGCGGGGAGCUGCGAACCACAAUCGAGGCGAUUGCAGCCAGCCUAAGGCAACAGGAGGAGCAGCAGAAGGAGCGCCAGACGAGGGCAAAGCUGCAGCGGCUGCGCUUCAAGAGCGAAAUCAAUCCGAAUCAGAACAACAAGGCGGAGGACGAGCUGCAGAGGGAGAUCGCCAAGGAGGACUUUGCCCGCAUGGACAUUAUCGGGCAGUUCAACCUGGGCUUCAUCAUUGUCAAGCUGCAGGACGAUCUGUUCAUUGUGGACCAGCACGCCUCCGAUGAGAAGUACAACUUCGAGACGCUCCAGCGCAACACCCAGCUGGAGUAUCAGCGUCUGACUGUGCCCCAGUCCUUGGACCUGACGGCCGUCAACGAGAUGGUCCUCAUCGAUCAUCUCCCAGUGUUCGAGAAGAAUGGCUUUAAGUUCGAGAUCAAUCAUGAGGCUCCCGCCACGAAGAAGGUGCGACUGCUGGGCAAACCCUAUAGCCGACAGUGGGAAUUCGGCAAGGAGGACAUCGAUGAGCUCAUCUUCAUGCUGCAGGAUGCCCCCGAGGGCACCAUCUGCCGACCCUCGCGUGUGCGCUCGAUGUUUGCCUCUCGCGCCUGCCGCAAAUCCGUGAUGAUUGGCAAGGCUCUGAACAGGACGACCACCAUGAGGCGGCUCAUCACCCAAAUGGGGGAAAUCGAACAGCCCUGGAACUGUCCGCACGGUCGCCCCACCAUGCGUCAUCUAAUCAAUGUCACGAUGCUAAUGGAUGAGGAGGAGGAUGCUGGUGAUGCGGAGGCAGCCCCGGCCCACCAGAAGCCCCAAUAAAAAGCAAUCUCGGCAAUCACAG